AUGAAACAGCUGGUUUGCGUAGUAAUUCUGGCCCUGGUGGCACCUCACCUGAUAGCCGGAGACUGUGACACCAAGGGUGUCAUCAUCGAGAAGAGUUUCCUGCAGUCGGUGCACGACUGUACCGAGUAUCUGCAGAUUCCGAAGGAACGAUUGAUGCAGUACAUGGCCAACGAGUUCCCGCCGGACGAUGAGACAAAGUGUUUGCUGUUCUGUGUCGGCGUUGAUUUGGGCUGGUGGAACAACACGUGCGGAUUGCGAGUACCAUCGAUCGUCAGCUACUUCCAGCCGGUGCAGGGUGACAAGCAGUACGAAAAGCGUACCAAGGAAUGUCUGGAACGGCGUGUAGGUGCGAUCGGAUCACCGAACAGCUGCUGCCAGGCGUACGAAACCUUCCAGUGCUACUUCCAGGAGUUUGGAAACCUAGUCACCUGCCCACAGUACGUGCGUUUGACGAAGCUGCAAGCAACGCAAGCCGCACUGGAUUGUUUGACCAUGUUACGCUACCCUGAAGAGCUCCUGAAGACGUACACUUGUGGAAAGGUCGAAGAUUCUCCCGAAACUCGUUGUCUGUAUCAUUGUAUCGAUCUGCGAACUGGGUUGUACAACCAGAAUGGAAUUUCCCUGACGGCGUUCUUCAUUCGUGACGGAGACUAUAACGAUCUUCGAUAUCUCAGCCGUGAAACGAAGGCCUGUCGCGAUCGCAUUCGUUCGUCUGGAUGCGACAAAUGUACCGAGGUGUACACCACGCACAAGGAGUGUCUGAGUGGACUGGGAGAGGAAGGUUAUACGUCCGGUAUUAUUACUGAAGCAGCUCGGAUGGCAUUGACCAAUCUCGGUGUAGGCUGCAACACGGAGCCAAAGUCCUGUGUGACGCAACCGCCAUGCCAUCCGACCCAUCCUCCCACCAAACCAACGUACUCUCCGAAAGUCUAUCCGACGACCAAGCAACCCUGCUCGGUGUGCAACAACCGGCACGAAGCGGUGAAGCCAUAUCCUUCUCCAGCGGCCAGCGUCGUACCGGCCGUAGCAUUGUCGUACACUCAUCCCAAACCAUCGUCAUCCACGGGCAACAAGUGUUACAUGGGACAGGUUUAUAACUUGCCGUUUGUCGCCUACAGAGCACCGUUGUGUACGUGCAGCCGUUGCGCCGGUCGUCAACAUUAG